AUGCCGAAGCUUAAAUUGUGCGUUACCCCACCUUGUGAAGCACCCCUGGUAGUCAGUCAGGUCGUCGCGGUUUAUUACACGCUGACCACAGAAUCAGCCGGUCGUUCAUUCAUCCUCUUGGGAAUUAUGAAUAUCAAUUUUAGGGAAGAACUGGCGGCGAAGCUGAAUGCUGGACCCAUAUUCCCCUUUGGCGGAGGUGCUCAUCGCUUCGGUGCUCAACCCACGGUAACGACAGAGCACACCUCCAUCGCCUCUGGUGAUACUACUCCCGGGUCUUUGUCGCCUGGGUCGCCUUCUACUGUUGGGUCCGUGGUUAGAGACUUUACCAUUUUAUCUCCCAUCUGA